AUGUCCGAGGGAGACUAUGCUCGUGGGCCGCACAACCCAUUUGGAAUUGAGGUGGCAACAGCAGAUGAGGACGAGGACGAUGGCAUUCAGCUUUCUGCCGACACAUGGACUUCCCUGGCCUCGCCCACGCCAUUCGCCCGGCAAAGCGAACACCAACGGCAACGAUCGCCUGAGACACUACCCGAGCCCGACGACUUAGCAGGCUCUUGUGCAUGCCUGGGGACAUCGCCUUCACCCCACGAGAGCACUACGAGCAUAGACGCUAUUGCCUUGGCACUUAGCAGACAGCGUUUGCGCCUCGAUGCCUGCAGCAGUCCACCUCGGCCAGAUGUCAGAGCAUCAGAUGAUGAGCUUGGCCCCGCCCCGCAGUCGACGACCACAGCUGUUGUCCCGCUGGAAGUGGAUCAAGCAUAUCAAGGACCGUCUGCAUCCUCAGAGAUCCGGCCCUUUAACGUGCCGUCCGUAUCCGCAGCUGUGGUUGAGAAAGCAGCUGGACCCCUCAGCGAUGAAGACUCGUUCGAACUACGGGCUUCCAUCGCAGAUAACAACAGGCGCUUACGACGACGAAUGUCAUCAAGAUUCCACACGAUUGGCCAAAACUCGCGAGAAACGAAAGGUGUCGAGGAGGGGGACAUGACUCGCUGCAGAACACAGUAUGGUGCGCGUCCAUCACUAUCGUCCGGCACAGACGUGAUCCGUACACUCAACUUUGGCGAGAACAUGGAAGUCGACUCGCCUAGCCUCGAGGUUGAUGAACACGCAAGCCGCGAUACAGAGUCCGUCAGGCAGUCUAUCGAGGAAUAUCUGGCCACUCGUCGUCAAAACGCAGCUAUCGGCUUCGACAGCAGCGGUCAGCCGCUGUAUCGAUCAUCAACGGAAACUGCUCUGCGUUGUCGGAACCUCGUUAAGAAUAAGCCUAGAAUGCGCAAGCGGACCAAGCUGCGUGACAAGCCGAGCAAUGCCGCCAUUCCCGCAGCAGCGAGCCUGGGCCCCACAUCGACUCCGACUACACAAUAG